CGGACCGAUCAGUUUCCAGUUGGAGUCGAUCGUGAUCGUUUCGGAAUUGGCUGUUCAGUUUCAGUUCAAUCAGUGUUAAACAGAACUGCUAAAACUGCUUUGUUACUAAGGAGGUGUUUGUUGUGGAAGUUAUUAAAAUCUGCAGAGAAAAACGUUGUUGGUUGGAGGCGUUGCAGUAAACAUUAGUUCACUAUCAAGAUGUACGGAAGGCAGGAUUCCUUAGGGCCAACCCUAAAGGAGGGAGGAUCCUACAUCAUGGAAGGACACGAAUCUGCCGAAGCGAAGAAUGUCAGCAUCAUCUUUUCGCCGCAACAGGAGGAAGCCGGUGCUUUGGCCAAGAUGCUGAAGAUCUUCGACGAGCAUAGAGUGAACCUUCUGCAUAUCGAAUCCCGAUCGUCGACUCGUGGGCCCGGAUAUGAGUUCAUGGUUGAGUGCGACAGCAAGAGCCAGAACCUGAGCGCAGCAAUUGAAGCCGUUCGGGAUCAGAGUGACUACUUCAACAUCAUCUCGCGCGAUUACAAGGAUAAUGAAGCUACCGUGCCUUGGUUCCCACGUCGUAUUCGGGAUUUGGAUCGCUUUGCCAAUCAAAUUUUAUCCUACGGAGCAGAACUGGAUUCUGACCAUCCGGGAUUCACCGAUGAGAAAUACCGCGCCCGUCGCAAAUACUUUGCCGACAUUGCGUUCAACUACAAGCACGGUCAACCGUUGCCACAUGUCGACUACACCGAAGAAGAGGUCAACACUUGGAGGGUGGUCUUCCAGAACCUGACCAAACUCUACCCGACGCAUGCCUGUCGGGAGCACAACCACGUGUUUCCUCUGCUAAUCGAGAACUGCGGCUACAGGGAGGACAACAUCCCACAGCUGGAAGACGUGUCCAACUUCCUGAAGGAUUGUACCGGUUUUACGCUUCGUCCGGUUGCUGGCCUGCUGUCAUCGCGCGAUUUCCUCGCCGGCUUGGCGUUCCGCGUGUUCCACUCGACGCAGUAUAUCCGUCACCCGAGCAAGCCUCUGUACACCCCGGAACCGGACGUAUGCCACGAACUGCUUGGCCAUGCGCCGCUGUUUGCCGAUCCUUCGUUUGCACAGUUUUCGCAGGAAAUCGGAUUGGCUUCGCUCGGAGCCCCAGAUGAGUACAUCGAAAAGCUGGCCACGUGCUUCUGGUUCACGGUCGAAUUCGGUCUGUGUCGCCAAAAUGGCGAACUAAAAGCCUACGGAGCCGGCCUGCUAUCGUCCUUCGGUGAGCUCCAAUACUGCCUGUCCGACAAGCCUGAACUCCGUGAGUUCAAUCCCCCUCAAACGGGCGAACAAAAGUACCCCAUCACCGAGUACCAACCAGUGUAUUUCGUGGCCAACAGCUUCGAUGAGGCCGUGCAGAAAAUGGUGGCCUACGCCAACACCAUUCCUCGUCCCUUCGGCGUCCGAUACAAUGCCUACACCCAAAGUGUGGAAAUCCUGGACUCCAAGCCGCAGAUUUCGAACCUCAUGCGUAACAUCCACGGCGAGUUCGAGAUCCUGCAGAAUGCUUUCAAGAAAUUGUAGAAGUGGAGCAGCUGUAGAUGCUAAGUUUUAAACAAAAUACUCUUAAGAUUACACCCAUCACAAAUAGGAAAUUGUUUUAGAAACGCAAAAUAUAUAUGAAUAAGACUGUGCCAAACGAUUGAAAACAAUCCCA